AAUGGCAUAAAUGGAAUGGUAUCAAACACAUGCAUGGUGUCCGUGUGUUUGAUCUCAUUCACUCCACCAUUCCAGCCAUUAUCUGCCAGAUCCAAGGAUGCUCCAAUACGCAUACCAACGAGUUUGUUUCCAGGUCGGAAAUUUCCGAGUUGUCGUGAACGCGGCAUCAUCUUCCUACGAGUUUCCAGUCCGGAGUUUGCGCGUUGUCUGGAAAGCGACAGAAGUCUGUCAUUAUCCAAAAGUCGUCAUUAGUGGGGCUGGAAUAUAAGGAAUGUAAAUGUCUGAGGACCAGGCAGCGCAGAAGGAUGAGCUGCUUGUUCUAGCAAGUAUUUACGACGAAGAGGAGUUUCACAGAGCUGAAUCGGCACAAGGCGGAGAAAUACAACUAUGCCUUGAACUUCCUCCUAGUUUCAAGUUGAUAGUCAAAGGAGACAAGCAGACAGAAUAUGACGUAUCUUUCCUACCUCCUCUGGUGCUUAACUUCGAACUUCCUGCCGACUACCCUUCUUCCUCAUCUCCGGUCUAUACACUAAGUUCCAAAUGGCUGUCAAGGGACCAGAUGACUUCUCUCUGCAAGCGUCUGGAUGAGCUGUGGGGGGAGAACCAGGGCUGCGUUGUCCUCUACAAAUGGAUCCAGUUCCUCAAGGAGGAGGCGUUUGCCUUCCUGGAUGUCAAGUCUCCACUAGAGGUUGUUAAAGCGGGCAAGGCUCCGGUGGAGCGGAAGAGAAACGAGGCUGGCGUGAAGCGGGCGGGGAGUAUAACCGGGGAGAAAGGCAAACUGGAGCCUCUGCUGGAGCUGGACCCCCGUGCUGUGCUGGUGGUGGACCCCCGUACUGAUAUCCUACCUCAGCUCCUGGACUUUGACGAAGCUCAGAGGCAGAAGGUGUUUGACGCCAAGGCGUUCUGCUGUAGCAUCUGCUUCAUGGAGAAGCUGGGCUCGAGCUGCCUGUGCUUCAAGGAAUGCCAGCACGUGUACUGCAAGGCCUGCAUGACAGAGUACUUCGGGAUUCAGAUCCGCGACGGCAAUGUUCAGUGCCUUAACUGCCCCGAGCCCAAGUGCACCUCCUUGGCUACGCCCUCACAGGUCAAGCUCCUUGUCGGGGAGGAGUUGUUUACUCGUUAUGACCGCCUCCUGCUUCAGUCCAGCCUGGACCUGAUGGCUGACGUGGUGUACUGCCCUCGCCAGUCAUGCUGUCAGGCUGUGAUGGUGGAGCCAGACACCACCAUGGGCAUCUGCCCUGCCUGUCAGUACGCCUUCUGCACCCUCUGCAAACGGGGAUACCACGGCCUGUCGCACUGCAAAGUCACAGCAGAUGAGCUGCGAGGCCUAAGGGAUGAAUAUAUCUCUGCCAGCGCCGAGGGGAAGAAGUUCAUGGAGCAGCGUUUUGGAAAGCGGGUUAUCCAGCGUGCUGUGGAGGAGUCCUUCAGCAGGGACUGGCUCAAUGAGAACUGUAAAGGCUGCCCGCGCUGUGGCACUAACAUACAGAAGGUAGAUGGCUGCAACAAGAUGACCUGCACCUCGUGUAAGCAGUACUUCUGCUGGCUGUGUCUGGGCCAGCUCACACAUGUCAAUCCCUACAGCCACUUCAACAACCCCUCCUCGCCUUGCUACAACCAGCUGUUCCAGGGUGUGGAUAUUGAUGAAGAUGAUGCCUUCUUGAGUGAUGAAGAGGACUGAUAUGUGCAAUGCCUCCAUGUGUGCUUCAUUUGUAUGCAAUUUAUGUCACCCUCACUAUACAAACUACACAUGGAUUUAGCCAAUAUCAUUUCUCACCAUCAUUGAUCAGGCAUUUACUAUGCCAAAACAUAUCAGUCAUUUCUAAUGGUUGACUGGCUAGCAGAGAGCGAUUCCAAGUUGAUAUAGGUACAUUACCUUACUCCAUACAGAAGUAAAAUACUCAGGGCCAGUAUUUUUCUGAAAGAAUGCUUGUGAAGAGAGCAUACCAAAAACGGAUGGGUUACAGUUCUAAUGAUGAGUUCGUAUGUUUAGAUGAUUUGAACUGAUAAUGUUGGCAUGUUUUAUCAAUCUCAAUUUAAAAAGAACAUUCUGGGAUCUGGGGGUGAAAUCUUACAAUGAAGAACAGAGAACAACAUCUUCAGAUGUUUUACUAUUUAUUUUGUGUCCUUUAGAACAACUUUAAUCGUGAGUUAAAAACUAUGUGGAAGAAUGUCUGUACAUCUGGAUGCCAUCCAAACCAUGAGCUAACAACUUGAUGUUGAAAGGUUAAAUAAAGAGUUGCCAAAUGUGACAUUCA